ACCUAUUCCUACUUGCGCCCCUCUGUCACGAUAUGGCGACCAUCAAGCAACACAAGGCCAUCGGAGAGGAUCUGUGGAAAGGCCGCACCGAGAAAAUUAACGCCGAGCUCUUCGCUCUCACUUAUGGAGCGCUUGUCGUGCAGCUCAUACAGGACUAUGAGGAUUACGCGGAAGUUAACAAACAGCUAGAGAAGAUGGGAUACAACAUCGGGACGCGCCUGAUCGAGGACUUCCUUGCAAGGAGCUCACUCGGUCGAUGUGCUGACUUCCGAGAAGUGGGGGAGGUUGUCGCAAAGGUCGGAUUUAAAUCAUUUUUGAACAUCACGCCAAGUGUCACCCACUCGGCACCUACUGCUGGCUCGCGGCCAGGGAGCGUUCCCCAACAAUCGAGCGUCCCUACUUCAUCAUUCAUCCUCACUCUGGACGAGAACCCACUAGCCGAGUUUGUUGAGCUCCCGGAAGAAGCACUCGAAGGAGGGCUAUGGUUCAGCAACGUUCUGUGUGGUGUUCUCCGAGGUGCAUUGGAGAUGGUGCAAAUGCAAGUACAAGCCGAGUUCAUCUCGGACGUAUUGCGAGGGGAUGAAAGCACGGAGAUUCGGGUUAGCCUGGUCAAAUACCUGGAGGAAGAGGUUCCAGUAGGGGACGACUGAUGACACGUUCUGUGAGCACACAAGUGGUUCUAUAGUGUGUAUUAUUGUCACGUCGUCCAGCUGUGUAAAUAAGAUACGGAAGGAUACAUGCCACGUGUAAAGGUAGCGAGUAUGAUGUCGUCUAUCGACGGUCGAGCUUGUUAAGCUUGCGAGCAGUCUUUGCGUUCGUCUGGGUGUUCUGGCCUCUGACGGGGAGACGCAUGGCGUGCCGCUUGCCGACGUAGCUGCCAAUCAUGCGCUGAUGUGCAAUGUUCUCUCUAACUUGUCUCCUGAGGUCUGUCUCGAUCUUGAGAUUGCGAAGUGGGUCGACUGAGUUCUUUGCCUUCUCCGCGAGAGUGUCGAAGCCAAUCUUCUGGCGAACUUCACGAAGUGAGGUGGACGCUGGAGAGGGUUUCAAGUUGGUUGAGGCAAGAGGAAGCCGAGGCGGGGGGACGGCUGUGGAUGGAGACGCGAGGAAAGAGGCCAGUUCUGUUAUUUGGUUGGCUGACAAGCUGCGGACUUUGCACCGAUCGUGGAUUUGCAGACGGGCACAAAGCCGGUGGGCGGUUUUCUGGCCAAUACCAUGGAAGUUGGUGAGGGCAAGCCUUGCAAGAUAAUGGUCUGGAAGACUGACGCCGAGGACGUGGACCAUUGUUAGUCUCCAGUAGUUAGAGCCUCUUCACGAAAACGCGUUCGC